AUAGACAAGAAUGGGAAUUUACUUUCACAGUUGACACGACAAUUUUAAUUUGAAAGAGAAGAGAGAGAGAGAGAGAGAGAGAGGACUGGGUUUGGUCUCUUCGCUGCAACCUAUUUAGCUGUUGUUGUUCGUUUGCUCUUCGACGUGAUUCGAUUCUCACACUACUCUUUGCAAAUAAAGAGAUAGGAGGAUCUGAAGGUGAAUGCAGGCUUACGUACGGUUUCAACGAAGAGUAGAUUCGAUCGCUUGCUAGAUUAGACCUAGUUUGGGGUAUCUAUUAUUAUAGGCAGGCUGUAAAUUUUGUAAGAAACUAAAGAUUUGGAUAGAUAAUGGGUAUGGACAUAGCUGAUAUUAAGGAGAAUACGAGCCCGCUUUUCUGCAAUUGCUUUAAAGUUGCAAGCCUUACUGAUGAAGAAACCAUUCUAAACCCUCCUGUAAACGUUUCCAACUUAAAAGAUCGAUAUGCGCUUGGGGAACAGUUAGGUUGCGGUCAGUUUGGUGUCGUAAGAGUAUGUUCUGAUAAGUUAACUGGAGAGAGGCUUGCUUGCAAGUCCAUAUCUAAAGACAGCCUUGUUACACAAGACGACAUGAAUAGUCUCAAACUCGAGAUUUCUAUAAUGGCCAAGUUAGCUGGGCGGCACCCCAACGUUGUGAAUCUCAUAGCGGUUUACGAGGGGGAAGAUUCCGUGCAUCUUGUGAUGGAACUAUGCGCAGGCGGUGAGCUUUUUGACAGGCUCGAGAAAUAUGGAAGGUAUUCCGAGUUCCGUGCUAGGUUGCUCUUCAAGCAAUUGAUGCAAGUGGUCAAGUUCUGUCAUGAUAGCGGUGUUGUCCACAGAGAUUUGAAACCUGAGAACAUUCUUAUGGCCACAAUGUCUUCUUCAUCUCCUAUCAAAUUGGCUGAUUUUGGUCUGGCAACCUUUAUAAAGCCUGGGGAAAAGUUGGGCGGCACAGUUGGCAGUCCUUUUUACGUAGCCCCAGAAGUGUUGUCAGGGGGAUAUUAUAACCAAGCUGCUGAUGUAUGGAGUGCAGGCGUUAUUUUGUACAUUCUUCUCAGUGGAGUACCUCCCUUUUGGGGAGAGACUGACUCAAAGAUUUUUGAUGCUGUCAGCACUGCAGAUUUGAGUUUUUCUGAAGAGCCAUGGGACCAUAUAACUUCAUACGCCAAGGAUUUGAUCCGGGGGAUGCUUUGUCUUGAUCCUUCUCAAAGGUUAACAGCUGAUGAUGUUCUAGCUCACUCGUGGUGGAUGGAGCAAUUAUCUGAAUCAGGAUAUGAUGAUCAGGAUGGGUUUGGCUGUGAAGGAUUGGAGAAUGGUGGUGGAUGCUCUUUCUCCACACAAUGUGUAUCUCGAGAACAAGAUUAUAGCUUUAGCAUGGCACAGUCAGAGCAAUCAUCAUUCUCGUCUUUCUUACCUGCUGCUGAUAACAACACACUGCCAAAUUCCGGUUUUGGUGGGUUUUCUUUUGAUGGGAAACAACCGGAAUCAACCUCAGCUGCCUUCUCAUCAACUGAAAUUCCCUCCAUGCCAAGCUCCUUUUUUAGCCCAGGCCCAGCGAACAGUGACAUCACUGAAACAGAUGGAAAACUUCGAGACUCAAGCCCAAAGAGGUCACUGCCUUCACCAGAUUCUUCUUCACAACUUGAGAGGCGUGAGGAAGCAGGGGAGAAUCAGACGGAAGCAGAUUGUCGCUCUUCUGCUAGAGCAAAAAGAAGGAAGAUAACUGUUAUCAGUAAAAUAUUGUAUGUACACAUCUGA